AUGGAAAUACCUGGUAUAUUGAAAACUAUAAUUAAGAUUAUUCUUUUUAUACUUGUUAUAGGUAUUAUUCUCUUUGUUAUAUAUAAAAUAUAUAAAUGGUUUAAAAAACCCGGUAGUUCUCAAGUUAUAGGAAUUAUAAUGGGAAGCGAGGGCUCUCAACAAGGCGGAGGCCAAGGUGGUCAGGGCGGCCAACAAGGAGGAAGCGGUGGCGGAAGUGGCGGAGGUAAUCCUCAACAAGGCGGUGGUCAAGGUGGCCAACAAGGCAGUGGCAAAGGAGAUCAAGGCGGUCAAGGCGGCCAAGGAGAUCAAGGUGGUCAAGGAGGCGAAGGCGGCCAAGGAGAUCAAGGAGGUCAAGGUGGUGAAGGCGGCCAAGGAGAUCAAGGUGGUCAAGAUGGUCAAGGAGAUCAAGGAGGUCAAGAUGGCGGCGAAGAAGGCCAAAACCAAGAAAAACCAGAAGAACUCGAGAAGGAUCCUGAGGAUAAAGAAAAGCCAAAAGAUGAUGAGGCACCUCCAGCAGAAGACGAGGCACCUCCAAAAGAUGAUGAGGCACCUCCAGCAGAAGACGAGGCAUCUCCAAAAGAUGAUGAGGCACCUCCAGCAGAAAACGAGGCACCUCCAAAAGAUGAUGAGGCACCUCCAAAAGAUGAUGAGGCACCUCCAGCAGAAGACGAGGCAUCUCCAGCAGAAAGCGAGGCAUCUCCAGCAGAAAGCGAGGCAUCUCCAGCAGAAAGCGAGGCACCUCCAGCAGAAGACGCGGCACCUCCAGCAGAAAGCGAGGCAGGAGGCAAUGCCAGCAGUGCUGAUGCAGCAGGCUCUGGUGGUGACGGUGGUGCAGGUGCAGCAGGCUCUGGUGGUGCAGGUGAAGCUCCUGCAAUUGGCCAAUAAGAUUAACUACUAAUAACUUACAUUGUCUGUGUUUACUCAGGCAAAUGGAUUUAUACUUAAUCUAACCACUUUCGCGGUAUUUUGUUAAACUGUG